CUAGCCGAAGGCAGUCAGUGUCGAUUCGAUCGUGGCUUGAGUUGAGAGAAUAACUCGUCGUAUUCGCUUAAUUUUGUUGUAUUGAUCGUGUAAAGUUUAUACAAAUUGAAGUUAAAAAAUGGAAUCUUAUAGUCCAAUAACUAACGGUGUUAGGAUAAAGAGAGAAUUGAUUGAUGAGUACGAUGAGCCAUUGCCAAAUAGAAAGUCGUUGAAAACAAACCAAGGUGAUGUGAAAGGAAUUUCUGAUGUUGACGAUAAAGAUAUUGUCAAAUUCCACUAUAAGGAUAUCAAGAAGGAAAAUGUUGAUGUAAAACCAGACGUCCACAUCAAAUCUGAAAAGGAAUUUGAAGUGAAUACGGAAAAGAACUUCCGAACACUGAGAAAUCGAAAAAUUAAUCUUACUGAACAAGCUCCACUAAAAAACGUCAACAUCAAGAAAGAAAAGAUAAUUGAAGAGAAUAUACAAAAUAAUUCUGGUAAUAUUCAACGAGCUUCUCAUAACGACGACAAAGAAAUUGCUGAACUGAUCGAAUGUCACGAUGUAAAACAUAAAUUAGUAAAUGUUAAAGAAGAACCAAAAGUCCGUAUAGAAACUGAAAAAAGAAUUCAAGUGAAUGCUAAAUUUAAUUUGAUUCAAGAAGCUGCACAGGAAUUUCUUGAAAUAAAAAUAGAAAGGAACGUCGUGAAUAAAAAAGUUAUUGUGGGUGCCCAAGGAGUAGCUAAAAAUAGUAUAAUCAAGAAUUUUAUUUGUACAUGCGAAAAAAAGUUUGAAUACAAAUCGGUUUUAAAAAUACACUUUGAUGAUGAGUACAAAUAUAUGUCUAACAACCGAAUUAGAAUGUCUUGGCAAGAAAAGAAAACUGGUGCCUCACAGUUCAUAGAUCUGAAAGCACUAUAA